AUGACGGCCACGAACCUUGCCCAGGGCUCGGAUAGGCACACUAGUGCAAAGGAGGAAAGAAAGCUUCGGAAGCCACUCAUUGAGAGAAAAAGACGAGAAAGGAUAAACAAUUGCCUAGAUCAGUUGAGAGAGACGGUGGUCGGAGCCUUUAGACUUGAUCAAUCCAAAUUGGAAAAAGCAGACAUUCUGGAAAUGACAGUUAAACAUCUACAGAAUAUUCAGAGCAAUAAACCUAAUGAUCCAUCCCUGGAUGUGGAGGCCCAGCAGAAAUACAGCACAGGUUACAUUCAGUGCAUGCACGAAGUGCACAACCUUCUGCUCUCCUGUGAUUGGAUGGACAAAACGCUGGGGUCCCGCCUCCUCAAUCACCUGCUCAAAUCCCUACCCAGAUCACCACAGGACUGCUCCCAGCAAUCCAAGCCAAGACCAGUUGACUCUCCUCAUAACCACUGCGAACUUGCUCACAGCCAUGGUAAUGGGUUAGUGAGCCCAAGAGCUAGCCCAUCAUCCCCUGCUAUGCUUGUCAAAGAAGCCCCGCCCACUCAGGCUCAUUACCCUCCCCCUCUGAAUAGACCACACCCCACAGACAACCCUAACUUGGCAGUGCUAGAGAUGUGGAGGCCUUGGUAA